GGGAACUACGCCCCCUCAAAUCCAAGCCUUACGUACGUCUUAGUGUUUUGAACGUCCCAUCCGAAAAAAAUCAAAUCCCAUCAAAUAUUUUCUACUCUAAUAAUCCUUGGGGCGUUUUAACGGGUUCCCGAACGUUGACACGACCAAAAUAAAAUUACUUUUAUAUUUUGGAGUUGUUUUUGUUUUUCAAUGAUUUUAUGUUCUCUUUAAGUUCCAAACUAUUUAAAUGUACGUAUUAGUUUUGUUUUUUUCGUUUUGGUAAAAGGGAAUAUUUAAAAAAGACAAAACUGAAAAAAAGGCAAUGAUCACUGCGGCAAUCCUUUAUUGCUUUGUCAUCUCGUCCCUCGUCACCGAAAGCCAAGCGAGCUGGGAAGAAUGGUGGACCUACGACGGAAUCUCAGGGCCUGAGUAUUGGGGGAGGAUCAACCCCGAAUGGAGUCUCUGCAACAAGGGCCGGAGGCAAUCACCGAUCAACGUGGAACCGCAUAAACUCCUGUUUGAUCCCUAUUUAAGGCAUAUAGAUGUUGACAAAUAUAAAGUCAGUGGGACACUACUAAAUACGGGCCAGUCGUUAGUGUUCAGGGUGGACAAAGAUACAAAACACCAUAUAAACAUAACCGGAGGUCCGCUAGCUUAUCGCUACCAAUUCGAAGAGUUUUACAUCCACUACGGAAUUGUAAACCAGCACGGCUCUGAGCACAAGAUUCACGGCUACUCUUUUCCAGGAGAGAUUCAGCUGUACGGAUUCAACGCGGAGCUGUACCAUAAUAUGACGGAGGCUCAACACAAAUCACAGGGGAUUGUGGGCAUUUCCCUAAUGGUUCAGAUUGGUGAUACACCUAAUCCUGAACUUAGAAUUAUUACGAGCUCUUUCAAUAAAGUCAUGUAUAAAGGAGCAGACACUCCUAUUCGACAUUUAUCACUUAGGAGUCUGAUGCCUGAUACGGAACAUUACAUGACCUACGAAGGUUCGACAACGCACCCUGGAUGUUGGGAAACGACCGUUUGGAUUAUUCUCAAUAAGCCCAUAUACAUCACGAAACAAGAACUUUACGCUCUAAGGAAGUUGAUGCAAGGAUCGGAAAAGAUACCGAAAGCUCCUCUUGGAAACAACGCCCGUCCUCUUCAGCCCCUCCAUCAUCGCACUGUCCGAACCAACAUUGACUUCCAGAACACCCAAUCUUCAUCAGGGAAGAGUUGCUCUAUUAGUAUGCGCCAUGAAAUGUACUACAAAGCAAACACAUGGAGGGAGCCCGACCCACUCUACUUGUGAAUCGAACGUGACCUCGACAUCGGGAAUGUUAAAAGAUUGCAAACCACUCUUCCCGUAUUAACGUUUCAUUUUAUACACACAUGUGUAUGUAUAACUUCUUUUCCUAUUCUUUAACACUAAAGUUAGCAAAAUCAAAGGUUAUAUCGUCAAUUAAAUUAAUAAAUUCUGAAUGCUGUUAACCCUUGCACAAUCUUCAAAUCGGAAUUUCACCUGAAAUAUUGCAUAAUUUGACGAAAUAAGCGAUUCCUGAUGUUAUGUACUUAGUUGAUUCUUGUUAAGACUUAUUUUAAAAAUCGCUUUUGAUCUGAAAACAUAUUCUGAUUUUGCAGUCCAAUCAAAAAAAUUAAAGUCCAUUUGGUACUUGAGAACGACCGAAACUCAGUAUUAAAGCAAUAUACUUCUUAUAAAUCCCCUGAUAGUAGGGUGUUAAUAAUCGAAUUAUAAAGCUUAACUGCAAAUGGUAGCUAAAGCUUUUAUAUGUGUAAAAUAUGUAUAAAAAAAGAAGUGUUACCAUGUGAUCAUAUAAGUAUUAGCAUGUGAAUAACUUUCCAAACAUGUUCGCUAAAUGUAUAAAUGAAUUAAAUUUAAAAAAACCGCUUUUGUUAAUUAUGUCAAUGAAUUCUACGUACUUUAGAAAAUUUCUGGUUAUUGGUAAAAGAUUAUUUACAAAAAAAAGUAUGUAAGGAAAAAAUACUCAAGUUGGUGUCUAUGUAAAAUUUAGUUGUAAUAAAAGUCGUUUAUAGGAAUAUGUGUUUUUGUUUUUAAAGCAAGGUAGGCGUGACUGGACUAUCCUUUAGAUGUAUUGUUAAAAAUAUAUGACCAGUAUGAGCUAAGCCAGUUUGUUAAUUGGAAUUUUUGGUGUAUGCGUUGUACUUUCAGUGAGAAUUACUAUAAAAUUUAAAACCAUAUUGGAAUAAUAACAAACUAUUAAAAAAUAUAUUCAGACAUAAAAACCAAACUGUUUCAAUAUAGUAAUAUCCAAUAUGAUAUUAAUUUCACUAAUUUCUUUUAACGCUGAAGAGAAUCAACCCAAUCAUUGUUUUACAGCAUGUUCUGAAAUAGUAAAUAGCUCGAUUUGCUCAAAUAUUUUCCAUUGUCUUUGUUUCUUUAUUUUAAAUGACCUUAUACGUAUUUUAGUACAGAAAAAAUAUACUAAGUACAUUAUUUUUUAAAUAUUGAUAUUUUCUCAACGACAAAAACAUACAGUCUGUAAAACAACUAUUGGUUUGUUGUCUUGUUUUAAUAAGAUUAUUAAGAUAUGUACACACAAAAUACACAGACACUCAAACACACCUUCGUAGAUUGAUUUGUUUUCUAUUGAUAUAUUUUUAUGCUAUAGUACAUGUCAUCAGAACUGAUUAUAAAAUAGAUGUCAUUGUAAUACUUUCCAAGAAAAAGAAAAAAACUACUGUCAAUGGCCAUAAAUGUGUAACACGCUAACAACUAUACUUGGUUAUUACCAUUAGAAAAUAAGUUAACCAUUCGUAAGAUUUGAAGGACUUGAGAAAAAUGAAAUAUUGCAAAUAAAUUUUAUAAUU